UAUGAAGAUUGAAGAAGCGCUCAGAGUCAAACAUGAAGAUACUGAGGAACAAACAGACCUGAUGCUGCUGAAAGUGGAAAGUCAAGAAUUUAAUGAAAUUGAAAAGAAAGAUCAUGAUUUCAUUUUUGUAGAAAAGACAUUAAGUUGCUCGCAGACUGAAACAUCUUCACAAAAAAGAGCAAAUGGAAGUUAUUUCAUCUGCCAACAUUGUGGAAAAAGUUUUAACGGAAAAGGAAACCUUAACAAACACAAGCUAAUUCACACUGGAGAGAAGGCUUUCACCUGCCCUCAGUGUGGAAAAAGUUUUACUCAAAAAGCAAUCCUUGAGAGACACAUUAGAAUUCACACCGGUGAGAAGCCUUACACAUGCAUACUGUGUGGAAAUAGUUUCAUUCAAAAAGGAAUCCUCAAAACUCACAUGAAAAGUCAUACUGGAGAAAAGCCUUUCAGCUGCAAACUAUGUGGAAGAAGAUUCAUUCAAAAAGCAAAUCUUAGAAACCACAUGAGAAUUCAUACUGGAGAACAGCCUUACACCUGCCCUCAAUGUGGACAGAGUUUCACUCAAAAAGGAAACCUGACACAACACAUGAGAAUUCACACUGGAGAGAAGCCUUAUACCUGCCAACAGUGUGGAAAGGGUUUCACUCAUAAAGGAAACCUUAAAAAACACAUGAACAGUCACACUGGAGAAAAGCCUUACAGCUGCAAUCACUGUGGAAAGGGUUUCACAGCAAAACUAAACCUUAGGUAUCACAUGAACAGUCACACUGGAGAGAAGUCGUUCACAUGUGGUCAGUGUGGAAAGAGUUUCAGACGUAAAGACACCCUUAAUUCCCACAUGAAGAUUCACUUAAGACAUUAAGUAUUAAGUGAAUACAUUAAGUUAAUACAUUAAGUACCUUGUGACCAGCGUAAUAAACAAUUCUUUGCCUUCACAUCCAUCAUUUUGUCCAAAUUUUACUUCCCACCUUCAUGACCUUCUUUCAUACCAGUUGUCUUCUCCUUAGUUUCAAAAAUUGAGUGGUUGCAGUAAACACCCUCUAAUUUUGAUUGUAUGGAGGAGUCACUCCAAUCCAUAUGCUAAUGUAAAACAUUAGUUAAACUUCUGUCUCACUGUGAAAUUUUAUACAUAAUAAUGUACAUAAUGCAUAUGUUGUAAAUCUGGAGUUGAAUAUGGCCGCUGUUGGUGCUCAUUGGUGACUUCUGGAAGCUGGUUCCAGCAAGCCAUCUCACUGUUGAACCUAGAUGUUUCUUGCUCAUUAAUUAGUCAAAAGUAAUUAGUAAAUGCAGCUUAAAAAUUAGCAGUGAAGACAAAUGUAUACAGUUGAACACAUAGCCUUUUGAAGUAUACUCCACUGAUAGUAUACAUCACAUGCACACUAGAAAGUUUCAUCUUCAGAAGUCAUGUUUUAAGUGUAGUUUUACACGUCUAUGUUCUCACUUCAACUUACCUACAGUGGCCUGAUUUGUGACAGAAUACACGACCAAUGAUGAAUCCAGCAGAUUAUCUUCUGCACCUUAUCAUGGAAACAGGACUAUUAAGGACUAUGGGUUUCCUGAAUUUUUAAAACAUGCAGAUUUUAAUGACAUUACCCUUAAGGACAUUUUUGCGGAUGACUAAAUUAACCCAUUUGCUUGCAGCUUCCUGGUGGUAAAGAUCCACUAGUAGAGGGGUAGGAAUGUCUGUCAUAAGGCGCGUUUCCAUUACAGAUUUGUGCAAAACUUUGGCGAUAUUUUAUAAAUGUUGAUAAAAAAGUAUAGCAAAAUGAUGGUGUUUCCAUUAACCAAUGUUAUGCAGCUAAAACGUAACCUUUUGCCUCUCGCGAUAAGUCAUGGCAAUGGAUUUUGAUGGAUUUUAGCUAUAUUUAUUCGUAUGUGUGUAUCUUUACAGAAGCAGCACAGAGAGCCCCUUCAGACCCGUGUGUUGCGUGGCUGGCUGGCUGGAAUAAACACAAGCAUAGACUAGAGUGGCUGUAUCAGAGCCGCACUGGACCACAGACGUGUGCAGUGUAAAUUGUCUAAGCAUUACUGGUAGGGAAUGCCCCUUAUACUGGAGAGCGGCCACAUAUUAAGUGUUUCUUGGAGAUUAUAAUACAUUGAAGAAUGAUCAUAUUACUUAUUACAUACGAUAUGUGACCUGUAAAUGCAAAAAAAAAAAAAAAGUUUCCAUUACAGUUUUGCUAAUUAUUCCUUUUUCGCAUUGCCUGAAAAACCACAUCAUUUUUUGCAAUAUAUGGGCGUUUAUGUGAAAUUUAAAUGUUUCAAUUACAUGUAUUUUUAAUUCGCAAUUUCAAUUUGCACAAUUUGAAGGGUAAUGGAAACGCACCUACUGAGAGCUGCUGUCCUGCAGAGUUUACCUCCAACCCUGAAAAAAAAACACCUGCCUGUAGCCUUAGUGUAAUCCAAGGGCCCGUUUCAUAAAGUUUGCAAAGAAAAGCGAGUGUUUCACAUCCUGACUUGAAAUAACCUAACAAAUCAAUUUAGCUCAGUUUAUAAAGCUGUUUUCAUAAAUGACAAAGUUCACGCAAUCUCACUAAUUUGAUCCAGGUUCAGUGGCUGCAACCAAAACCGCAUUCUCAAUGAGUAGGUAUUUCAUUUCAAUAAGUUCUUACUUCUCACUAAAAGACUAUGUACCAACUUUUUUAGCAAACUCUUUCUGGCCAAAUCUCAUUAAUUAUGAAUGCAAUAUGAGGCUUGAUUCAAGUUAACGCACAAUGGCAGGGGUACAAACACUUUGCAUUUAAUAGGACAAAACCUCACUGAAAAUAGAUGAUUAAACAGUUUAUAUUUUAUAUAACAUUUGGAUGUGAAUGGUCUACAUAAAAGUAGAACACUGAGGCGCUAAAAUGGCAGCAUCCAACAGGCUUGUUUUUUUGUUUGAUUCACCGCAUUAAAAACUGAUGAAAAACAAUGAGAUUGGCACUUUUGUUCACGUGCCUGGAGCUGCUGAAGUUGCAGUAAAACAUGACUUGGUGGCACUCAAGCACAGAAUGGUCUUGCUGAGCACACAUUGAUACCUAACGACGAAGGGGACGUAAGAAGAAGCAUCGAGGCAAGAUGAAUGUAGAGCUGCUGGUCUAAUUGGUGUCUGAACACAAAGAGCUUUGUGACAAACGUGACAGCGACUACAAAAAUCUGGAUAAGAGUGAGUUGUUAUGGAGGGGAACUGCAGAUCAAAUAGGAUUCAAUGUGUACCAGGGUCUUUUUCAUUAAGCACCAUCUAAUGUCAGGGAGUGAAUUUGCAUGUUCACUCGGCUCAUCGCCAGUGAAAAUCACUUGGGUAUAAACACACAAGACGUGUUGAAAAACGCUGGCGAUAAGCACACGUGAUAAUCAUCCUGGUGUGCACAAGGCUUUAUUCUGAUGAAGCAGCUGACCACUGUGUACACCUUCACCUGUCUUUGCCCUCCAUUCUGUUCCUCAAUGCUGCAGUCAGACUGAAUCUGAUCAUGAUGAGAAAGAGACAUCAAGGCUGUCCUUGUCCGAGUGCACAGAGAGGAUGAGGAAGACCAUGAUGAUCCCCCGAACCACACAACCCUGAACAAGAGCAGGAGAACAUGAUCUGCCUGUCACUGUCUGCUCCAAACAUUUGUGUGCUGCUCUCCAUGAGCACCACUACCUGUAAAACAUUUACACCGAGUAAAACGCUUUAUAUCUCAUGUUGUCAGCAUUUCAUUUUUUGCCAACAUGCUAAUUUUUGUUAUAGCUUCAUUACUUUUGUGGUGUAGUGGGCAAAAGCAGUGAACUGGAAAGCAGAAGGUAGCUGGUUCACCAGCGGUGUAUCCUUGAGAAAGGGUCUUUACUGC